UUUAAACUUCCGCCUGCUUGUGAGACAGGUCUUUAAUUAAUCCUCUUCCAUGGGCACCGAAUUUUAAGACUGCAUAAGCCCGAAAAUUGCUUAAAUAAAUCGUUAAAUUCCACCGUUUUCUACGCGAAGAAGAAUUUUCCACUCACUCAUUCUGUCAAACAGCCUAUGGGCAAGUACGGAAGAAGAAAACGCCAUGGCCAUGGCCAUGACCAUAACAAUGAAAGUUCCUAUAAGAAGCCCCAGCACCACUCUCUCUCCUCCUCCUCCUCCUCAGCAGCAGCAGCAGCAACAACAACAACAGCAUACCCUAAUAAACACCCUACUUUUCCUUCCUAUCUAGAGACCCCAAAUCUCUCUCCAAAAAUUAAACUUCUGUGUGAAAUAAUCGCCAAAAUCCCAUCUUCCACCGUCGAAACCAUCUUAGACGAGACCGGCCUCUACGUCUCUCAAUACGAUGUCGAACAAGUAAUCAAACUAUCCUACUCAUUCCCUGGUCCAGCUGUUAAGUUCUUUCGCUGGGCUGGUUUUCGGCUUCAAGAUAAUCAUAGCCCAUAUUCAUGGAAUCUUGUAGUUGAUCUUCUAGGAAAGAAUUGUUUGUUUGAUGCAAUGUGGGACGCAAUUAAGUCUAUGAAAUCAAAAGAGUUAGUUUCUUUAGCAACAUUUGCUUCUGUUUUUGGUAGUUAUGUCACUGCUGGUAGAGUUAAAGAUGCAAUCUUCACUUUUGAAGUUAUGAAUCAAUAUGGUGUUGUUCGCGAUGUUGUUGCAUUAAACUCUUUAUUAAGUGCUAUUUGUAGAGAUGGUAAAACUGUUGAUGCUGUUGACUUUUUAUUUGUGGCCAAGAAUUCUAUAAAGCCUGAUGCUGAUACGUUUGCCAUUCUGUUAGAAGGGUGGGAAAAAGAACUGAAUUUGGUUAAUUCUAGGCAAACUUUUGAUGAAAUGGUGAGGGAAAUUGGUUGGGAUCCUGCUAAUACUCCAGCCUACGAUACAUUUUUGUGUACUUUGCUUAUGGGUCGUAUUGGGUUCAAUGAGGUUAUUGAGUUUUUGGAAAUUAUGAAAGAGAAGAGGUGUUGUCCGGGAAUGAGAUUUUUUAGGGCUGCUAUCGAAGAGUGUUUGAAGGUUAAUGAUGUUAGAGUAGCUGGAUUGAUUUGGGAGGUAAUGAUGGAGACAAAUGGAUUUAGGCCGGAUAUUGAGAUGUAUAAUUUGAUGAUAUCUUUGUAUUGUUAUACUAAUAAUACUGAUAUAGCACUAAGGUUUCUUGAUGAGAUGGUUUACAAUGGGGUGUUUCCUGAUAGACAAACGUAUAAUCUUCUGUUCCAGUUUUUGAUAAAGAGCAGGAAGUUAAAGGAGGCGUCAGUUUUGUUCAAUGAGAUGAUUAAAAAUGAGUGCCUUCCUAAUCAAGCAAAUUGUAGUGCUGCAGUUAGGGUGUUUAUGCAUUCGAAGGAUCCUUAUAUGGCUAUCAAAGUUUGGAAAUGCAUGAUAGAGAAUUAUGAAUUGGACCUAGAGGAGACUGGAAAUCUGUUGAUUGUUGAGCUUUGUGAUCUCCACAUGGAUCCUGAAGCAGUAAAAUAUGCUGAGAGUAUGAUUGGGAAAGGAAUUAAGGUCACCUCUCCCACCAUGGAAAAAUUGAAACUUUGCCUUAAGCAAGCAAGAAAGGAAUUUGUGUAUGAACGACUUCUGAGAAAGUGGAAAGCUGGUUAGGGAACAUGGAACAGUGCGUUAUCCCUACAAGGUUCUUCAUAGUGGAAAGAUUUCAUAGCCAGGAAUUGUGAAAUGAAUGAUGAUCAGUCGUGGCGGAACAACCAGAACUUUCUUUGGAUUCAACCCAUUGGAACAGGGCUGAGGACUAUGCUGCACAGACCUUGUUCUUCUGCACAUUGAAACUUCUAGUGGUGAAAUAUAUCUCAUAAUUUUUUAUUAUAGGGAAAAUCUCUAGUACUGAGUUCUGACACCAAAAUGUAGCCCUCUAUUUUUGCAGUUCUUUUGUAAAUCAUAUCCUUUAAUGUCAUUUAAGGCGGUUUUUUUUUUUUUUUUUUUCUCUCUCAAAACAAAAACCACUGCUAGAGAUUCUUUUUUCCUCCUACUAUACAUAUCUAAAGUAGCAUAGGAGUAUUCUCGUGUAGGUGGAGGAGGCAGGUUAUUCUUCCCUUUUCCCUUUUUGGAGAAAGGAAAUGGAGAGAGAGAGAGAGAGAGAGAGAGAGAGAGGCAAAUGGAGGUUUUAAGUCUGUAAGUUGUUGGAUAUUACUUUCCAGAUUGCCAACAUGUUGAUUGUAGUUCUGAUGUCUAUAUGUAAUGAUUCAAGUUAAAACAUGAGAAUAGACUAUCUUACCAGUUUUUAUGC